UCUGUAUUUUCUUUCUUUUGUCAGUUUCUGCUUAGCUUCUGAAAUUUAGGGUCCCUUCAAAUUCCUCUCUCUUUGUUUUUUUCAGUUCUUUUACUUAUAUUAACCAAAGCAGAAUUUUACUUUAUUCUGAAAAAUCUUAGCUUUUUUCACUCUAAAUCUUUUCAGAAAAACAUGAAUGUGUGUGAAAUACUCAUGAAGAGACACAACUAGGGAUGUUCUGUUUGUUUGUUUUUUCACCAUUUGCAUUAUAGUUGUGUGUGUGUAUGGUCAAGAAAAGCUUAAAGGUGGAGUCUUUGGUAUCACUUCUAAUGGAAAAUUAUGUACAAGACGCCGGUUGGCUUUGAGUGAAUCUUAUUUUGCAUAGUAAAAGGAAAAUGUCAUUACAAUCAAAGAAAGGAUGGAAAUCAGUCAUGCCCCUCCGUCUGAAGACCAAAUCAUCAGCACAUUUUUGUUUGCUCCCCAAAACGAAGUCGGAUCGUUUUGAUCCUGGUGAGACACCAGUUUGUCUCAAUGUUUAUGACUUGACACCGAUGAACAACUAUGUCUACUGGGCUGGUUUUGGCAUCUUCCAUUCUGGUGUGGAAGUCCAUGGUGUAGAGUACGCAUUUGGAGCUCAUGAUUACCCAACCAGUGGUGUCUUUGAAGUUGAACCGCGAAAAUGUCCAGGAUUUAAGUUUAGGAAGUCAAUAUUAGUUGGGACUACAAAGCUGGAUCCGAAUCAGGUUAGAGAGUUCAUUGAGCAUCAAGCUGCUGCCUACAAUGGUGACUCCUAUCACUUGAUUGUGAAGAACUGCAACCAUUUUUGCAAGGAUAUAUGCCACAAGCUGACAGGGAAAAAGAUUCCAAAAUGGGUGAACAGGCUUGCAAAAUUAGGUUCAGCAUUCAACUGCAUGUUACCUGAGGCUUUGAAAGUUGCUGCUGUCGAAGACGAACCAAAUGGCCCAGAGUAUGAUAGUGAGAAGAGAAGGCUGAGAAGUGCUUUCAGUUGUUUUUCUUCGAUUUCAACGAGACAACAGAAGCUAUCUACGUCUUCGUUAUUUCUGCAGUCACCCGUUAAAGGUUGCUUACCUUCUUUGGAGUUGAGAAAGUCUACCAAAUGCACUUCAAAGGAAAAGUAAACAUAAUUUACUCUCAAAAUUGUGAAGGCUACCCUAUAUGGUAUUUUGAGAAAACUAUAGAAUGAUAAAAUUAACACUGUUUAAGAAGGUAUACUAUGUGUAAUGUGGCAUUGCCAGUAUAUACAAUUUGCGCGUCCCUUUUAUCUCGAGUAAUUUUCUGGUUCA